AUAUAAACAGCCACCUUCAAAAAAAUCGCUCUUAUUUUUUUAAUUUAAUGGCAAGAACAAUUGAGGUUGAUUUCCUACUUAUAUCAUAAUAGGGUUUGGUUUUCAUUACAUCUAUCAUCAAUUAUUUUCUAGUUGAGUUAAACAAUGUUAUUUAUUAUCAUCGUUAAUCUGUUCCUGUCGUUCUUCUCAUUCGCUAGCUGCCAGGAUGGUUUUGACACAAAUUGCCUAGAUGCCCACAAUGAAUAUCGUAAAAAGCAUGGAUCUCCACCACUGAAAUGGUCGGCAUCCUUAGCCGCUGAUGCCCAAAAGUGGGCAGACCAGUUAGCGAAAGAGGACAAAUUUGAGCACGAUAUGAAGUCGGUGACGUCGAAAAACCAAGGCGAAAAUCUGGCUUAUUUUUCUCCUCCCAAGAAGAAAUGCAUGGGGGCUAAAAAAGAUGAUUGUGUUCAGUGUUCAGAGAUGGUAGCCGAUUGGUACAAUGAAGUCAACGAUUAUGAUUUUAAUACGGGGAAAGCUAAAGCUGGAGGAAAAGUAUACCUUCAUUUCACGCAGGUUGUAUGGAAGGCGUCAGUAGAGUUGGGUGUUGGCGUUGGAAUCAGCCAGACGUAUGGGUUUAUCACAGUUGCUCGAUACAGUCCCCGAGGCAAUAUGGGCAGCGCAGAAGAUUUUAAAAAGAAUGUAUUACCAGAAGGAGCAGUUCCUUCUAGCGGACCAGGCACCACUCCUCCAACUACGCCCAGUAUGACAAAAACCCCUUCUGGUGCAACAGGAGGAAUGACAUCAUCAACUCCCGCAGGAACAACUCUUUCAACGACUUCAAGCACAAUACCAAGCACAUCUUCAUCCAAGAAGCUAGGAAGCAGUAAUUGUGAAUAUUUAAUAAUAACAACAGUAACCAAGCAACAGAAGAUCAUUCAGAAGUGCAAUGGAAAACCAAACGUGACUUUCGUUCCUUUAUCAACAGCUGUAGGUGUUCCUCACCCUCCAACAUCUCGAAGUACUUCGAGGCUUCCCACAACGGCUCCAGCACCCAACGCUACAUCAUCAACCAACUCGCCAAACACAGUUCAAACAAAUGCCACAACAGCACUUGAAUCGACUGCUUCACCAACUAAAAUCCCAACAGGGGGGUCAACCGGUCCAACCACACCAACCCAAUCAGUAGCAUCUUCGGGUUCAACUACACUUACCCCGACAGGGGGAACGAAAGGACCAUCAGCAACAUCAUCUGGUUCAACUACACUUACUCCGACAGGACCAACAGUAUCCACAACAGGUCCCACAAUUCCAUCCCAGAAGCCUAAUAAAGUGGACAAAGACCAACAUGACAAAUCUCUCAUGCUGAUAAACCUUUAUAGAGCAAUGCAUGGCUCAGCGCCAUUAUUCUGGAACGAACAACUGGCAAAUGAAUCCCAAGCUUGGGCAGAGAAGCUUGCUCAGAAAGGAACACUUGACCACGAUACGUCAAUGACAGACGGAGAGAACAUUGCUAAGCUACCAGCAAGUAACAGUGAUGUGAUGAACGCGAUAGAUGCUUGGUAUGAAGAGGAAAAAAUGUUUGACUAUAAAAACCCUGCAUUUAGUAAGGCAACUGGACACUUUACUCAGCUUGUGUGGAAAGGUUCGAAAGAAAUGGGACUUGGAAUCGCUCCAUCAAAAGACAAUUCUGAGUAUUAUAUCGUGGCACGGUUCAGACCAUCAGGCAACGUACAAGGAAAAUUUGCUGUGAAUGUUGGACCCAAAGUAUUGAUGUGAACUGGGAAGAAAUUAAGAAUAUUAUUUCUUGUAGAUACAGCAGUUGUUGUUGUACUUUUUGUACUGUAUGGUUUUAAAAUGAGCCUGGUAGUUGUAGUGUU